AUGUGUGCAGUGCUGCUUUUCGGUCCCGACUUGAAGCUAGGCCAUCAGUAUGUCGGCUGCAUUGACCCUUUCUGCAGUCCUGCCAAGUUGGCGCAUGAGGCCUUCGUCAGCGCCUAUAAGCUCUGCAUGCGCUACUACGGCCGUGCGCCGGGCUGUCGCAUCCACACCAUUGACCGCCGACGCAUGGACAAGCCAGCCAGGCGUUCCUCUCGGAAGGUCUCAGCGCAAGCAAAUGGACAAAUGCGGAUAGACCUGUCAGGGGCCGAUGCUCUGGUGCCUCCGACGGCGAAAUCAGGCUCCAAACAGGCUUCCUUUGAUAAAGUUGCUUUUUUCGCCUCUCCCGCCGAACGAUUUCAGCCACACCCAGACGAUAUAACAAUUGUAUAUAUUCCUGAGCAUCUUUUUCACAUGUUCUUUGAACUGCUCAAAAAUGCAAUGCGUGCCUUGGCCGAGUCCACACCGCCAGAGCAGACACAGCUUGAGCCAAUCGACAUCCUGAUUGUUAAUGCCGAAGAGGAUGUUGUUAUUCGGGUAAGCCGAUCUUUCCACUACCUUUUAUCUACUUUCAGUUCUUCUUUCCAACCUCUUCCACUUUGA